AUGGGUCGAAAAGUUUAUGUCAUUGGCGUCGGAAUGACGAAGUUUGAGAAACCGGGGAAACAUGAUGCCUCCUAUGUCGAUUUGGUCCGUGAGUCCGUGACAGAUGCUUUGUCUGACGCAAAAGUGUCCUACGACGACAUCAAACAUGCCUUCGUUGGAUAUGUGUAUGGUGAUUCAACGAGCGGGCAAAAGGCAUUGUAUGAGAUUGGCCUGACUGGGAUUCCGAUCCAGAAUGUCAACAAUAAUUGCUCCACAGGCUCAAGUGCUUUGUAUCUUGGUUGCAAAUUUGUGGAAAGUGGAUUGUCCGACUGCGUCCUCGCUGUUGGAUUUGAGAAAAUGCAGCCGGGGUCUUUGGGGCUUGUGUUUCCGGAUCAGCCGAAUCCGUUGGAAAAGCAUAUUGAGGUUAUGGGAGAGCUUGAAGGAAUCGCAGCUGCUCCUUUUGCCGCACAACUCUUCGGAAAUGCGGGUCGAGAACAUAUGAAGCUCUAUGGAACAACAAAAACGCACCUGGCAAAAAUUGCUCACAAGAAUCAUCUCCAUUCCGUGAACAAUCCCAAAUCACAGUUUCGUGAUGAGUAUUCGCUGGAGCAAAUACUCAAGUCUCCCGUGGUGCAUGAGCCCCUGACGAAGCUUCAAUGUUGUCCCACAUCGGACGGUUCUGCAGCAGUGGUCAUAGUCUCUGAAGACUUCCUGGUGAAGCGUGGACUCGUCAAGUCUAAUGCUGUCGAGGUCCUGGGAAUCGAAAUGUGCACGGAUACUAAAUCAUCUUUCAGUUCCGGCAGCAUGCGUGACGUCCUUCAAUGUUGUCCCACAUCGGACGGUUCUGCAGCAGUGGUCAUAGUCUCUGAAGACUUCCUGGUGAAGCGUGGACUCGUCAAGUCUAAUGCUGUCGAGGUCCUGGGAAUCGAAAUGUGCACGGAUACUAAAUCAUCUUUCAGUUCCGGCAGCAUGCGUGACGUCGUCGGAUAUAGCAUGAGCAAAGCCGCAGCUAAUGCGGUGUUUUCGAAAACUGGGAAAACCCCGUCGGAUGUUCAAGUCGUCGAAUUGCACGAUUGCUUUUCUGCGAACGAGCUCAUCACGUACGAAGCAUUGGGACUCACAGGCCUUCCGCCGCGGCCGCGGAAAUAA